GUUAGGGAGCAAGUCAGAAAAACUAGUAAGGCACUGCUGACUCAUUGACAGAAAGACUUCGCAGGUUUCUCGUGAGCCUCACAUUGGAAUCUGCCCCUUACUUGCCGAUUAAAGUCACUGUGUUCAACUUCAUCGCUUUCUUCUCCCUCUGUCAACCCUCUCCAUUGCCACAUUUCUCUCUAAGUUCUAUUUUCUGCUCUCCCAGGCCCCACCUUCGUUUUCCUUCAACCAACUCUCAAUUAGAAAAGUGGGUUCUCUAAAAAAUCUGAUUUUUUUGGGGCCCUUUUUCACUUGAAUCUCCCCAGUUUUGAUUCUUCAACUUAUGGUGCAAAUUGUCUGAAAAGUUAGGCGCUUUAUGAAAGUGAUUUAGCUCCUCUCUUCCUUCCCUCUUACAAACUCUGUACUCCAAUUUUCAUUGAGCAGAAAAGUACUACCAAUCACUAAAUCCCGAAAGGUUCCUUUUUCCGUCGUUCAAUGGAGUCAACUCGUGCAACCUUUGGUGGCAUUCUAGCUAAAGUCAGUGAGGGAACUGGAAGAAGCAGGAGAAGUGGGUUCUGGGGUGAGAGUACAAGGGGAAGUGGGAACACAAGGUUUUUAAGUGUUCAAUCAUGCAAAACUUCACAAACCAGUAAGAAUCUUAGAAGCUCCAAGCCUCCUGGAGUUGCACGUGCUGUUCUCACAUCAGACAUCAACGAAGAUUCGGUGGCAUAUCAGAGGGUGCCCACUUUUGAGACCCCCGAAGUGAACCCAAAAAGUGUGGCUUCUAUAAUUUUGGGUGGAGGUGCAGGAACUCGUCUCUUUCCUCUUACUGGCAGAAGAGCCAAGCCAGCGGUUCCAAUUGGUGGGUGUUAUAGACUCAUAGAUAUCCCCAUGAGCAAUUGCAUCAACAGUGGCAUCAGAAAAAUAUUCAUUUUGACGCAGUUUAACUCUUUUUCUCUCAACCGUCACCUGUCGCGGACAUACAGCUUUGGAAAUGGCAUGAAUUUUGGAGACGGUUUUGUGGAGGUCUUGGCCGCUACUCAGACGCCUGGAGAGGCAGGGAAGAAAUGGUUCCAGGGAACAGCCGAUGCUGUUAGGCAAUUUAUUUGGGUUUUUGAGGAUGCCAAGAACAAGAAUGUGGAGCAUAUAUUGAUACUUUCUGGGGAUCAUCUUUACCGGAUGGACUAUAUGGACUUUGUACAGAGACACGUUGACACGAAUGCUGAUAUCACAGUUUCAUGUGUUCCCAUGGAUGACAGCCGGGCAUCAGACUAUGGACUGAUGAAAAUUGAUAAAACCGGACGAAUUGUACAGUUUGCAGAAAAACCUAAGGGAUCGGAUCUAAAGGCAAUGCGUGUUGACACCACUCUUCUAGGGUUAUCGCCACAAGAAGCAGAAAAAUAUCCUUAUAUUGCAUCCAUGGGUGUCUACGUGUUUAGAACUGAAACUCUGCUGCAACUAUUAAGAUGGAAAUGUUCUUCAUUCAAUGACUUUGGAUCUGAAAUUAUCCCAUCUGCAGUGAGCGAGCACAAUGUCCAGGCAUAUUUGUUCAAUGACUACUGGGAAGAUAUUGGAACUAUAAAGUCCUUCUUUGAUGCAAACCUCGCCCUAACAGAACAGCCUCCUAAAUUUGAGUUUUAUGAUCCAAAGACACCUUUCUUCACUUCCCCAAGAUUCCUCCCACCCACUAAAGUAGAAAAAUGCAAGAUUGUGGAUGCAAUUGUUUCUCACGGUUGCUUCUUGAGGGACUGUAGCGUUCGGCACUCUAUUGUGGGAGUACGCUCACGUUUAGAAUCUGGUGUGGAGCUUCAGGAUACCAUGAUGAUGGGUGCUGAUUACUAUCAGACCGAGUCAGAAAUUGCAUCUUUGCUGGCAGAAGGAAAGGUUCCAAUUGGUGUUGGGGAAAAUACAAAAAUCAGGAAUUGCAUAAUCGACAAGAAUGCCAAGAUAGGAAAGAAUGUUAUCAUCGCAAAUGCAGAUGGUGUCCAAGAAGCUGAUAGGGCCAAGGAAGGAUUCUACAUCAGAUCUGGCAUCACGAUUACACUGAAAAAUGCAACCAUUAAAGAUGGAACAGUUAUAUGAAGCAUCCAACAGGCCUCUUUGUAAUCAUAGUAUAGAAAUAAAUACAUUCACUUGCGGACGUAGUCCUUGAUGAAACGCAUGCUUGUACAUUACUAAGUUUCUUUCCAUAUAUCUCAAUAAAUGAUAGUCAUGCCCA